GAUUUUAUCAUAACAGGGCGAAAUUGGCAGACCUGGAUGCCGGAUCCUCCGGAUGCCAAUCCGUGCCAAAGCCGCAGAUAUCGACAAAAUGCCGAUGUUUUCAAUAUGUUGGUUUCGGUGUACGGCAGUAAGGAGUUGUUUGUGAAGGAAUAUCGUGAAUUGCUUUCUGAGCGCCUCACAAAAUCGUGGGAUCGUGAUCCGUAUUUCGAGCUGAGAUAUUUGGAAUUACUGAAGCUACGAUUUAGUGAAGGGGAGCUGCAGCAGUGCGAGGUGAUGCUGAAAGAUAUGCGAGAUUCAGAGCACAUCGAUCGUGUGGUGCGCAGUUCUCUGGCAUUUCCGAUCAGUGCGCGUAUUGUAUCGGCACAUUUCUGGCCAAAAAUUGAGAUAGAGGAGUUCACGAUGCCACGAGAACUAGUAACUGGAUUGGAUGCGUAUGCUCGUGGAUUUGAGACCUACAAAGUAUCAUCACGAAAGCUGCAGUGGAUGAGUUCUGUUGAAACGUGGACAGUGGACGAAAUAGCGGCUGAGCUUCAGAUGGAUAAACGAAGUCUCAAAAGAAGAUUGGAAUGGUGGCAGAACAAUGGUCUCAUCUAUUCAUCUUUGGGAGAAUCGGAAGCUAAAACAUGGCAUCUUGCAACCGGAAGUUCGAAAAUGAGUCGUCUACAGCUAGAGUACGAUAUGGAGGAGGAUGAAUCAGAUGAAGAAAAAGGCGAGGAUACCGAAGCAGUGGAUGCUCUGGAACAGUACUGGACAUAUACGAAAAGUUACAUUGCCAAUCAGGAGCCGGUCAAAGCGGAACGGCUACACAGUAUUUUCAAAAUGUUUGCGAGCCCGGGACAACAAGGACCAACGUUGGAAGAUGUCGUUGCAUUUUUGCAGCGAAAAGUGAAGCUGAAUUUAUUAUCCUGCACAAAUGGCCUUUACAAAGUUGUCAAAGAACAACCUGCCAAGUGA